UUUCGGAAUAAAUUCAUGAUCUUAAAAAUAUACACAAUCACAAAUCGUCCUUUUUUGUUUCUCUCUCACAAGUCACAAGCAUAUUGCUACUAUGGCAUUUACGACGUUGCUGAUAGCCAUGCUUCUUGAGAUCGGGAUGUCGAUGGCUACUUUCUUCUCCCAUUUACUACUAAUACUCUUUGCAAAACACUACAUCCGGUGCGUCCUCGCUACUUGUUCUUUCUUCUUCUCCAUAUUGACCCUCUUUUGCCUGAAAAGGAACUACACUGCUCGCGUUAAGAGCCGUCAAGGUUUCAACAGGAGGAGAUUGUUAUACUAUUACAGGGGGAAUGAUGGCCGAGAGAAAUGGCAUACUCCAACUAAAGGAGAAGUGGUUAGGUGUGUGUAUUGCGUGCUCACAUUUGUACUUGCUUCGGUUGAUUUCUUUAGGAUUGCCACUAAGAAAAGUGUGAAUCAAGUUCUAUCAACAUUUGUUGCAUCUUUUUCUUCAGUUAUUUUUGUCACCGCUCUAAUUGAUCUACUUCACAUGUAUCAAAAUAGUUAG